GCAGUCGCCGGAAAGGAAGCAGACGACGGACGGACGAAGCAUCAUCUCCUGCUCCGCCACGCAUCCAAUACCUACAAGGCCCAGAACCCACGCCGUGCUCGCUCCUCCCCCCGAAGCCCCGCACCCGCGGUCAUGAUCGCCGGCGAUGGGGGAUCCGGGACCGCCGUCCGCUACCCCUGACCCUCCCCCGCCGGAGGACGACAGGUGGGUGCUCCUGCCGGCCAGCGAGGUCCGAGGAGCCGACGCGCCCAAGGUCUUCCACUGGGAGGAUCUGCAGCAAGAGCUCGCGCGCCUCUGGAGCCUCUCCGCCGCGCUCCAAGCCGCCAGGGACCGCAAGGCGCACCUCGCCGCACGCCUCGAGCCCGCACUAGAGGCAAGGAGGGCAUUCCUUCAGCAGGAUAAUGAAUUGGCUGAAAUGAGGCAGAGACUGCAAGAGCAUGGUGAUCACAUUGGGGAUUUGAAGAUGCGCACCAAGAAAUUAUCCGAGAAUGUUGACGAUCGAAGGGAACAGCUUUGCAUCAAGAUUAGAACGUUGUCAGUGGCAAGCGAGACUCUUGGCGCGGCACGCGGUAAACUUGAGGAAGCUAAAAAAUUGCUGUCAGGGGAAAAUGGUCAUGGACGCCUUAAAAAUCUGGAACAGAAGUUGCGGAUGAGACAACAACAUAUGAUAACGCAAGUUGCUCAGACAUAUCCUGUGCGGCCUUUGGAUGAACAAUCUCCAGAUGACAAGGCCGUCCUAACCUCUAACAACAUCAAAACAAGCAAUGCUGAAUCAAUGUUGUCAAAUGGCUCACAAAACAGAUCUUUGGCCAUAUUGGGUCUACAGUUAUCAAAGCUUUCUGUGAAAAAGAUCGGCUACUUCAGUGACAAGACAGAAUUUCAGAAAUCUGCUACUGUUCUGGGAUAUGCUGCACAUGCAGUCUCCCUCAUUGCAUCAUAUCUCAAUGUACCUCUUCGAUAUGCUUUGCGCUUUGGAGGUUCACGGUCAUAUGUUCUUGAUCAUGCGUCUUCAGUUGAGCCAUCAUCUAUAACCUCAGUAGUAAGUUCUGUCCCUCUGAGCACAAGCAUGAGGACAACGGAAUUCCCUCUAUUUUUUGAUGGCCAGGAGUCAACAAGAUCAGCAUAUGCAAUAUUCUUGUUGAACAAGGAUAUUGAACAACUUCUGAAUUAUGUUGGUGCUGAAAGUCUUGGGCCGAGACAUGUAUUAGCUAACCUCAAGCAGCUGACAACGAUCAUCCAGUCACAACAAUACAUUUCUAGUUGAUUGAUUUGUGACCCUAAAACAGUUUUGGAGUUCAAAGUGAGUUUAGUGCAGAUGCGGUUUGGUGCUAUUUUUAACAGCCACCGUUGUUUUCCCAUGACACAAUAGAGUACAUGUUGCUCUUUAGUAAACGAGCAAAUCAACUUGUUGGUGCAAAAUGUUCUCACUUCCAGGUGUACAGGAAAAAUGUGGAGAAUAAAUUUGAGAUGUUAGUGAGCAAGACGAGCUGCUUGUUCCUUCCAGACUUUUGUUUU